AAAGCUAACACUCUCUUCAAAAUACUGGCGGUCAGUGAUUUCUUCACCACGUUAUUCACCCCGCUGACCUACACUGUGAUUAUGUUGGAUAAGAAACUCUACGCCAGUUCUAAUCCAGCUCUGAGACAGGCGAGACCAUUCUGCUGUAUAUUUGGGUGUAUAUCUCAGGUGACAACAUGUCUAAUAGCCUUAACGAGGAUGGUUCAAAUAAUCUUCCCUUUUCUCUACUUCCGACAAAAAGUAGUCCUCAUCUACCUUUCAAUCUACACCACGUACAUGGUCAUCAACAACACCACAUACUACGUAGCUCUCGAGUUUUACACCCAUCUCAGGACCGUCCAGAAGAUUGGACUGGACAUGUGCAUCUGGCCAAACUUCGUGCACUGUCUGAUUGGAAUGACAGCAUCAACCACCACUGUCAUCUACCUGCUGCACAAGAAACGGAGUCCAGGCGACUGUAAACCACAGCGGAAUAUGCGGGGUUGUGUCACUAUUCUCAUGAUGAAUGUUCCUUACUUUGUAACAGUGGUAACGAUCCUGAAUGUGAAGUUGCUGCUUCCCUCCCAAGUCAGCUUCAGGGAGAUCCUGUUUGCUUGGCUACCCUUCUGCACCUCCGGUCUCAAUCCUAUCAUGAUACUGAUAAGAAUGAAACAAGCCCGGUCCGCGGUCAAAGCCAAAGUAAUGACCAUUAUAGGAAGAAGUGUUGAUAUAGCCACGAUCACAUCAACCGAUCAACUGGCGGUUGGAUUCGUGGUCAAUAUGCAACACCAAGAUUUGGAAAAAUCAAAACACGGCCGAGAUGGAGACAAAUUUACUGAAGUUGUGCCAAUGGCUUAUAUUAAAAAUGAGUUUACCAAAGAGUAAAGCUCAGAUGAUAUUGAUACCUUCGGGCAUAUAUUUUUCCUACCAAUUA